AGUAGAGCAAAAACAUACAAAAAAUAAUAAUAAAAAAGUAAAAAACUUUCGAAAAGGCAAGACGGACGGUGGGUGGGUGGGAGAAGACGGACGGGCGGCGGCGGCGAGCGAAGUGAACUUAAGAUCGAUCCCUGGUGAGGCUAAUUAAAACAGCCUGUGGGUCCACGAACUGGAUUAAGAGACAGAGAGACGAGACAAGAGGAGACUCCCAAACCUUCGGCUUCCUCCGUCCGCCUAACUAUGACUUUCCUAGAGAAAGGGAGCAAAGAAAAGGGUCUGUUUAGUGUAAUUGCUAACAUCUUCGUGUCUUUCAUCGGUGGAGGUGUACUCGGACUACCUUAUGCUUUCAAAGAAGCUGGUGUGAUUGAAGGGUCCGUUAUAAUGUCAGUUGUUGGAAUCAUAAGCAUCUACGCCAUGCUUCUGAUCAUCAAAUGUAAAUACCGACUCUUGGAGCAGCGAAGCCAAUUUGUGAAGGCGUACAAGCUGAAGGGUGCCACACGGGCCUGGAGCCAGAGUCAGAGUCGGCUGCGGAAGAUGGCGAUCAAUGCAGAGGACACAGAGAAUCUGCUAAAGUACCAUGCGAAACCUCACUCUGAUGAAGAGAGUGACCCAAUCACCGAAAAGGUAAAAAAGCCCCUCCAUCCUCUGCUUGUUGAAAAUUACCGUGUCCAGCGCCCCAGUGCCACUACAGAUGUCGCCACCUCUGCUGCCACCACCACCACCGCCACUAGAACUACUACCACCACCACUCCUCCUCCCCCUCCCACUACUACUUUUCCUACUACUUCCACUACUUCUGUAACUGCUGCUGCUGCUGCUACUGCUACUUCUUUAUCGAGACGCGAUGGACGAAAUUCGUUGUUUACGUUCGACGACGAUGAUGAUGACGACGACGACGACAGCGACGAUGACAAUGACGACUGGAACGAGGAGAAGAUGAUGCUGAGGAGGAUGAAGAUGAUGAAGAUGAUGGAAGACGAGGAAGAGGAUGAGCCAGGUGAGGAAAGCCCAGUUCCGCAAGGUGUGAAGAAAGAUGCCAAGAUGCAGGAUUUAACCUAUGGUGAUCUGGGAUAUUUUGCAAUGGGGUGGUUUGGCAGACUGGUGGUUGAUAUUGUCCUGCUGGUGUCACAAAUUGGUUUCUGUUGUGCCUAUCUAAUAUUUAUCUGUGAGAACCUGUCUGACAACAUCAAAGGGUUGUCAAUGAGCUCAUUUCAGUUAGAAAUCAGAUCUGCGUUCAGAGUUGGAUGUCUGGCGAUUCUCCUGUUUUUCCUUUGUCCACUCGCAUUUGUCCGACACUUGAACACUCUUUCCAUAUCAAGUUUUUUAGCCCAAUGUUCCAGUCUGUUGGCGUUUGCUGUUGUUUUUUGGUUUGACUUCCAACACAUCCAUCAUGUUGUAAUUCACCCCAAGAAAAUCUCCUUGGCUGGUUUCCCAUUUUUUCUCGCAAUCUCAAUAUAUUGUUACGAGGGUGCUGGGAUGGUCCUCUCUCUAGAAUCAUCUGUCAUCAAAGAAAAACGAAGCCGUUUCAGUUUUGUUUUCAUAUCAACCAUGAUAUUGGUCACAUUCCUGUACAUAGCAUUUGGUGUUUGUGGAUAUUUAUCAUUUGGAAAAGCGACCAACCCUAUCAUCACACUCAAUCUUCCAAAAGGGAAGUCACUGGACUUUGCAAUGAUAGUCAAGUCAUUUCUCUGCCUGUCAAUGUUUUUCACAUACCCAGUGAUGAUGUUUCCAGCUUCUAAACUUCUAGAAAAUCACUUAAUUAAUGAACCAGAGAAAUACCUUUGGAAAGGGAAUAUCCUCCGAAUGUUGCUGGUGCUGCUCACGGGUCUUGUAGUGAUUACCAUUCCUGACUUUGCCAAUCUAAUGGCCCUCAUCGGCGCCACCUGCUGCACACUGCUGGCCUUCAUUCUUCCCGGCCUCUUUCAUUUUAUCAUUUUCAAAGAGUCUACGACGUUAUUGUUGCAGGUGGUUGAUGUUACUUUAAUACUUAUUGGAAUGAUAGGGGCUUUUAUCGGGACCUACGAUGCAGUAAACCGUCUCUCAGCUUCAAACUCACUCGGCAGUUCACAUUUGCUCAACAUCACAGCGCAUCACGUUGCACAUGGCGCAGUGCCUAAAUAGUAGCUGUGGUGGUGCUUGUGUGGCUGUGUGUGCAGUGGUGGUAGUGGUGGCAACGGUGGUGAUGGUGGCGGUAGUGGUUGUUGUUGUUGUUGUUGUUGUGCUCACUUGCAGCCAUUUUGCAGCAUGUGUGCACACAGAUUUACAGUCCAUGUGCAGCAGAUCUGCAAGUCAGGUGUUCCCUGCAGAGCGUAAAGCUGAAAUUGCAACUGAAUGGCAGAUGUUGCAGAAGGAUGCAUUUAUUUUGACAGAAGCACCAGGUGCAGCAGCUGCACUGGAGGCGUUCGGUGGUCAGCGACCUUACGAGUGACCUGCGGCUAAAGUACAGCAACAACACUGUCAAUUAUAGUUGUUUGAUCAUAGGCUUGCUGGAUCAAGACUGACCUAGGGCUAAACAGUAACAAGGAAGGACACAUUAAAUAAUGUAGUCCUAGGUACACUAUCACUGAAUGAAAAAACUGGAUGGUCACAGCUGGAACGUCUUUGAUCUGCUGCAUUAGGACUGACCUGGGACCAAACAACAGCUCUUCUGCUGACCCCCAUGGGUGUUUAGAAUGAAGGCCACUACAGCGCCAACCCUUAGGAACCACUGUAUGACUGUCAAUACAUCACUGCAACAUUCCACAUUGUACGAACCAUACAACUUGGGGAAACAGAUCUGUGUGUGUGUGUAUGCAUUUAACAUAUCAGUGUGUGUGCGUGUGUGUACAGAUAUGCGAAUGUGUGUGUAUCUUCUAGCUACAUUUUAACACUGCCAAAUGCAUAGUUGUAU